UCGAGGUUAAACCUGCAGCUCGGACGUCACUCGCUACGACGCGCCCGAGAGAAACGGUAGUGGUUUGUGUUAUCGAGAGGCACGACGACGCUUGGCCACGUUCGUCAUGACAGAGGAGACUCGCAAAGAGGUUCGCGUUUGGUGCGAUGGGUGUUACGACAUGGUGCAUUUCGGGCAUGCAAAUUCCUUGAGGCAGGCCAAAGCCUUAGGAGAUUAUUUGGUGGUGGGUGUUCACAAUGAUGAAGAGAUCACGAAACACAAGGGUCCUCCCGUCUUCACCGAACAGGAAAGGUAUAAAAUGGUGCGUGGUAUAAAAUGGGUGGAUGAAGUGGUCGAAGCUGCGCCUUACGUUACUACAUUAGAAACAUUAGACAAGUAUAACUGUGAUUUCUGUGUUCAUGGCGAUGAUAUCACAAUGACGGCCGAUGGUGUAGAUACUUAUCAUUUAGUCAAGGCAGCCGGUCGUUACAGGGAAGUUCAACGAACAGCUGGCGUUUCAUCGACCGAUCUUGUGGGUCGCAUGCUGCUAAUGACGCGACAGCAUUUUCGACAAGGUGACAACGAGUACAGUGUUGACCGAGAACCGAGCAAACGUAUGGGUCAGGAUAGAACUGCUCGUAGUCCGUGGACCGGUUGUUCGCAAUUUUUGCCGACCACGCAGAAAAUAAUACAAUUCAGUGACGGCAAGAGUCCGCAGCCGGACGACAAGAUCGUGUACGUGGCAGGCGCGUUUGAUCUCUUCCAUGUAGGCCACUUGGACUUCCUGGAAGUCGCUAAAAAAGAGGGCGACUAUCUCAUAGUCGGACUGCACACGGAUCCAGCCGUUAACCGAUACAAGUGCGGCAAUCAUCCCAUUAUGAACCUUCACGAACGAGUUCUCAGUGUGUUGGCGUGUAAGUACGUCAAUGAAGUUGUAAUCGGUGCACCGUACGCAGUUACGAGAGAUCUAAUGGAACAUUUCAAUGUCUCUGUCGUGUGUCAUGGACAAACGCCUAUAAUGCCUUGUGAGGAUGGUUCAGAUCCAUAUACGGAGCCCAAGAAGCAAAAUAAAUUUAAAUUGUUAGAUAGCGGCAACGAUAUGACGACGGAGAAAAUAGUCGAAAGGAUCAUUCUUCACAGGUUGGAAUACGAGGAUAGAAAUUUAAGGAAGGAGAAAAAAGAGCUCGCUGCUUACGAAGCCUUCACGAAGUCUGAGAAAAAUGACAGGAUUGAAUAAUUAUUUGUUCUCUUGCUUUUCACGAACGUUCGCAAGUGCAUAUGUGUGAUAAUCAGAUUUUAUAAAGUCAAUAUGUAAAUAUGAUAUCACACUAACACUUAAUUUGUCGUUUCGAAAUGCCUUACAUAGAGUUGAAGUAGAUAUUUACAAUUGUUCGACACGCUAAAAAAAUCGAUUAGCGACAUGGAGAAAUCAGUGUUGAGUGUUGAUUUUCAUUUGUUGUAAUACGCAAUGAAAAAUGGUACACAACGACGAUGUGAAAUCGGACGAAUAUUUUAUAUGCAAGGUGUGGCCAGAGCUAUCGCCAUUUUUUUCUUUUUUUAUGGCUUUUUUAAACCAAUUUUUGAGUCAUUUUUUCUUUAAACACAUGUCAAUGUCUAUUUAAAAUUACGAAUGGAGAGAAUCGUAUUUUAUUUUCCUGAUUACGCAAUAAGAUUGAGAUUUUGUCAAUUAAAUGUGACAUUGAUACAAUGUUUUUUCAUUAAUCGGUUAAUAAACUAUGAGAAACAGAAUUGAAGACUAUAGAACUUUAGAACUUUAGCUGACUGCUUUAAUUCGCUGACAAUGAGUAAUACUGCUUUAUAUCUCAAUUACUAACAAAUAUAUAAUAAAAUUGAUUUUAGAGACCUAUUUAUUACAUUGUAUCAUAUCUUAAGAAUAACUUGUCAAUAGAUUUCUUUAGUAGACACUUAAA